AUGUUAUAAUGGCCUUAGCGGGAUCCAGUGGGGGAUCUUGGUCAACAACCUUCAUGCCAAAGACCACUUCAAGGCCAUUCACGGGAGAAAAUUGCACACCAAGUGGUAAAAGCAACCCAGGCAUGACAGGUAGCUUAGUUUUACAGCCGGAAGUGCAUGGGAAAUCGUCAGUCCGGGUGAACUCCUCUCAUGAGUUAAGCUCUGGUACUCAGCGGGAGGAAAUGCUGAAAAAGGAUGCAAAAGCUCCAAAUCAUGCAGCUGAUGUCAUGCUUACGGCUGGAACAGACACUUCAUCGGUGACUAUAGAAUGGGCCUUGUCUCUUUUACUCAACCAUCCCGAGGUGCUAGAGAAAGCUCGAGCUGAAUUGGAUGCUCAAGUAGGGACUGAUCGAUUGAUCGACGAACAUGAUCUAUCCAAUCUUUCUUAUCUUCAUAACAUUAUUUUAGAAACACUUCGGUUGUACCCAGCAGCACCAAUGCUACUGCCCCAUGAGUCCUCCGUUGACUGUAAAAUUGGGGGAUACAAUAUUCCGCGAGGCACAAAUUUGCUAGUUAAUGGAUGGGCAGUUCACAAGGACCCAAACGUUUGGGAUGAUCCAACAAGCUUCAAGCCAGAGAGAUUUAAGGCUUGCAGGUUCAGCCAUCAAAGCUGA